GCCGAUGCCGCUUUGGAGGAGUCUCUCCAAGACUUGAGUGCCAAGCUGGUCAAGGCACAGGGCCAAGCACGGCGACAUCGCCGGCAAGAGGAGGAGCUGCGCUUGGAGUUGGGGAAGAUGAAGGCACGGAUCCAAGCAACGAAGGAUAAGCUCCUGUACCAGGAAGAGCAUUUGAAGCUUCAGCUGGAGACCCUACAGCAGCUGGAUGAGCAGAGGUCCACGGCCGAGGAGGAAGUCGAGCUGCUGACGCUGGGCCUUCAUCAGCAAGAGGAGGAGAAUCAAACACUCCUGGAGACCAACACUCGGCUGCUAGAGGAGGUCGCCAAGCGCUUUGGUGGUACCUUGGAUGAUUGGGCUGACCAUUCGUAUGAAGCGCAGGUGCCGAAAGCACAGCCGUUGGUGGGUUGUGCUUUGUCAACACAAAGACAAGGCAAGGUGAGUUGGGUUCGAGAGGAAGUGUGGGGCAUCGCUAUGCCAGUGGUGAACAAAGCUUUAGAUGGCUACAACGUCACGAUCUUCACCUAUGGCAUGACCGGAAGUGGGAAGACCUACACCAUGCUGGGCCCAGCGUUGAUGGAUUCAGCCUUCGAGGGCCAGGUCACCAGCAGUGAUCUCAUUGCAAAGGAUGAACAUCGAGGAGUGGUCGUCCGGACGAUGCAGUACCUGUUCCAGCAAGCACCGGAGGCGCAGAUCUUCUUGAGCUACGUCCAGAUCUAUCAGGAGAGGUGCUAUGACCUUUUACAGCCGCCCAAUGUUCCGUCCAAGCCAUUAAAGGUGAGAGAGGAUCCGCAGAAGAAGCCCGGGCAGAAUGUGAAUGUGUUCGUGGAGGAUCUCAGUGAAGUUCGGGUCGGAAACCUGGAGGAAUGUCUAGAGUAUCUCAUGGCCGGCUUUGGCAACGUGGCACUUCGCUCCACCCACUACAACGAGCAAUCUUCCAGAGCCCACUGCAUUCUGACGCUCACUCUCCGGCAGCAGCUGCCCGACCAGCGCAUCCGCGAGUCCAAGCUGCGGCUGGUCGACCUGGCUGGCAACGAGCGAUGGGUGAUCCACGGUCCUCAGAUCUCUCCACAGCACGCGAGGGAGCUGGCGACCAUCAAUAAGUCCUUGCAUAUCUUGGGCAGUUGCCUUCAGACUUUGUCGCAGCCAGUGACCACCAAUCGACGUGGCCAAGAGCUGGUGAAACAUGUGCCCUACAGGGACUCCACCUUAACCCAACUGCUGCGAGAUAGCCUCGCGGGCAAUAGCUACACCUUGAUGAUUUGCACAAUUUGCUGUUCAAUCCUUUAUCAGAUGCAGACCUUGAGCACUCUGCGCUUCGCCGACCGCGUGAAGCGCGUGAAGAUGAGGGCCACGAUCUGCGACACCGUCGACCCGGCAGAGCAGCAGCAGCAGAUCCAGGCUGAAGUGGAGUACCUCCGCUCGGCGGUGAGUGGGGCGGCCUCCGGCAACGUCCAGGAGUUGAAGCAAAAGGUCUCGGAGCUUCGCAAGGCGUGUUUGGGCCUGGAGGGCGAAAACCGCGUGUUGCGCGAGCAGAUCGCCGAGCUGGAGAAGCAACCAGUACCCAUGAAGAGCACCAUGAAGAAGGCCGCUGCCCGCGUGCGGCGUGCGAACAGCGAGCCCAGUUUACCCACACCAGAUCCCUGGUUCGACCACGAGGACUUGGGAGACCUCCAGGCAAUCUACUAUCGGAGCCAUGAUGAUUUGGGCAGCCGCAUGGCAGGGAGCUGUCCCAAGGGCCAUCGCCUCGAUAGUCUGGGCAGCAUCGCGCAUCCGCUGCCAGCGGCCGCCAACGCUGCUUAUUUCGAGUGGCAUUGUGACCGUCCUGGCUGCCGUGGAAGCAGUCGACAAUUGGAUUUGGGGCGGUUUCACUGCAGUUUGUGUCAACAUGACUUAUGCCAAGUAUGUUAUGACCAGCUGGUGGGCAAGUCCUACUCCAAAGUGGAUGUCCACGCCCACCGCGCCCGCCGAAAACCGCCCGCCAACAGCCCCCCCCAGCCCGGUCGCCCGUGCUCGCGUGGAGGGCGUGGAGAGGCGACCGGAGCCGGAACGGCGACAGCCCAGACCUGCGUGGCUUGGCAUGAGAUGGUGAUAUAUAAGAUGGGCCUGGCCUGCCUGAUGAAUAACAUGUCAAGAACAGAAGAAUCAGUUGCACCCGCCCCCGCACGUUCCGCCCCUGCGCCACCACCGGGCAAGUCCGCACCCAGCCGGACGCCCCGGGGGCCGGAGGAGCCCAAGGGGCCUGAGAAGCCACCGUACAUCCUUCGUCUCGAAGAGUCCGCCCGCGCCUUCGCCCGUGCCGAGCGCUCGGCCGCGCAGCGGCCGACGCCGCGCUCGGCCGCGCACGGCGGCACGGCGCCGGCGUCCGGGGCGUCGAUUGGGUCGGCGUCCACGGCGUCCACGACGCCGGAGUCGGUGCGGAAGCGCGUGAAGGGGCGCCGUGAUGGAAGGGCGCGCCUUGGAACGAAGGGAGUGGAACGAAGAUGGGUGAAGAAAGCGGAGCGAAGAAAGUGGUCGGAUUUUGAUGGAUUUUGGAGGUGCGGAAGAGGAUGGAAGAGGUCAUCCCACACUGAAAAGUUGGUGUGGCCCUCCUUUCAUUUCAUUCAGGAACCAAAGUGGUGUAGCGAUUUGGUCGAAGAAAUAGUUCCGGCACAACAUGGAGCUGAUUGGGGUUCCUCAUUUGGGGCUCUCAGAUUUAGAUCCAAGUUGGUCUACCUUGACCACUUUGGCAACCACACUCGACUGCAAAAGUGCUUAGGUAAAAUGAAACAGUUGCAUGAAGAUGUAUAUAUUUGGGCCGGCCGAGGGUCAUGUGGCAGGUGUCCAGAUUCCAUUCUUCACCUGGAGGCCUUUGGGGAUCGAACUUCAACGGGCAUUCCCGCCGAUGGGUCCAUUCGCCACUCUUCCAAGUCGGUGCCCAGGCCACAGAGUGAGAGGAACAGUUCCUCACUACCACCAGUGCACGCCAGAACGCCUUUGCGCGAGAGACACGGCGAGAGACCGAACUGGUGUCAGAGAGAAGGGCUCAAAUAG